UUGCCCUUUUUUCUUCUUGCAGGCAAAAUCUUGUAGGAGACUGAAUUCUAAGCUUUUCUGCAUUUUUUUGUGUUGCCUACAAAACAACUAAAGAAUCUUCAAGGGAAAAUGGAACCAAAUUUCAUGGAUGAAAUUGACUGUGGCAACUUCUUUGAUCAAAUUGAUGACUUGAUUGAGUUCCCACCUGACAAUGAAGAUGUCGGUGGCAUUUUCGUAAAUUCCGAUAGUUCCAAGGACUUUCCGAGCAUGUGGAACGACGACGCUUUGCCGGAAUCCGACCAUCUUUUCUCCGCCAAUGCCGCCUCCGACCUGUCGGCUGAGCUCUCUGUUCCGUACGAGGAUAUAGUCCAACUCGAAUGGCUCUCAACUUUCGUGGAGGACUCGUUCUCGGGGGGAGGAAUGACCAUCGCAGCAAAAGAGAACUUGCGCGAACACAAGAACGAGCCGACUUCCCACACUACCUACCAAUUCCAAACCUCGAGCCCGGUCUCCGUUUUGGAGAGCACCAGCAGCAGCAGCUCCACCACCUCCGUCGGACAAACCACCGCCCAUCUCCCCCCCACCCACCGGGGCCCGCAACGCGCACGCAGCAAACGCCCCCGCCCCUCAACUUUCAACCCGAGACCGACCACAAUACCAUCCUUCGUUGACACCACCCCACAAUUCUCUUCGGAAACCGAGAUUUUUGUCGAGGAGGCGCCACCCCUCGCUACCAACAAGAUCCCGAAGAGAAAGAAAAUGAAGAAAACCCCUCCGUCCAAUCGAGAAGACGACGACAACGAAGGCGGGGCCCACGGGGACCCGCCGGUGCGGAAAUGCAAGCACUGCGAGAUCACGAAGACCCCGCAGUGGAGGGCCGGGCCCACGGGCCCCAAGACGCUGUGCAACGCGUGCGGGGUCCGCUACAAGUCGGGGCGGCUGUUCCCAGAGUACCGCCCCGCCGCGAGCCCCACAUUCGUCCCCGCCCUCCACUCCAACUCCCACAAGAAGGUCGUCGAGAUGAGGACCAAGGUGGGGCCCGCAAAGCCCGAGUUCGACGCAAGCUUCUAGAAAACAAAAAUAUCCCCUUGUUGGCUAUAUUUUUUUUUCGUCUCGUCUUUUCGUCGCUGCUUUCUUGAAAUUUUUUCUUCUUUUCUUUUAUGUUCGAUUUAUUUUGUUCGUUGGUUCUUUGUAUAGUAGUGUAACGCGAGACGGGAUAGGAUCUAUAGACUACGACGAUAAUUUUAGCUAUAAGUAGAGAGAGGAGGAAUGAAGAAUUGAGAAGGCAAAAUCUAGGGAGGGAGUUAUAUAUAGAGAGAGAUAUAAAGGAAGAUUAGUAGUAGUAGGUGGGGUGAGCUUUGAUUCUUGAGUUAUAGUCUUUAGAUCCUUUAAAGAGUUAUGUUUUUUUUUUAUUAGUGUUUUCUUAGCUUUGGUCAUCCCUUGAUGGGUAAUUCUUUUUGCAGUUGAUUUGUUUGUAGGGAUUUUCUAAAUGGUAAUGAGUUUUAUGUUUAUUUUG